AUGCCCCGUCUUCGCAUCGCGGUGAUACAAUUUGCACCCAAGCUAGGCCAAGUGGCCGCCAAUAUUGCGACGGUUAAUAAGCUAUGUCGCGAUAUCAAACCUUACUCCAUCGACCUUUUGUGUCUACCGGAGAUGAGCUUCACUGGAUACGUCUUUCCUAAUGCGCUUGCUAUCUCUCCAUUCCUGGAACAUCCCCUCACUGGGCCCACGUCGAUGUGGUGUGCAGAAAUAGCACGUAGGCUGGGAUGCUACGUUAUCGCUGGGUAUCCUGAGCUGCUAGCUGAAGAUGAAUCGCGUUCGGUAGUAGACGAUGAAGGAGCUGAAAGUGUCGGUGCGAACAGCGCGACGGUGUAUGGACCCAAUGGGGUCCAUGUCGUGGGGUAUCGCAAGACCAACCUCUUUAUAACUGACCGAACAUGGGCGAAACCCGGUACAGGGUUCGCAACGUUCCCGCUAACAUUUCCCUACACUCCUCCUGAUUCCGAGGUACCUGCUGUACCCUCUACUACCCUCACGGUGUCUUUAGGAAUAUGCAUGGACUUGAAUCCCCAUCCUCCCAAUUUAGGGGAUGAAUACGAGAUGGCAUCGUAUUGCCAAUCCACCCACUCGGAUGUUCUUAUACUUCUUAAUGCCUGGCUGGAUACCUCGAUGGAGGGCAAUCCGGCAUCGGAGGGUAUCGAAGUCGAUGAGGAGGGCGAGCGUGAUGCUAUGGAGCCGGACUGGCAGACGGUUCGCUUCUGGACGGGGCGGCUGCGGCCGCUAUGGGACGCUUCUGCCUCCACCGCAUCUGACUCGCAUUUACGGACUACGUGCGUGGUAGUGUGCAACCGGACUGGUCUAGAAAAUGACCGACUUUUCGCAGGUUCAUCUGCUCUCUUUCGGAUGAAACCGGGAUUUCCUGUGAGGCCACAUCUACUCGAUGUCAUGGGAUGUAGGGAAGAAGGUGUGAGAUUUUGGGACGUGGAGAUUGGAUCAGCAUAAUAGGAGUAACUGGAUAGUUGCAUGACAAUAAUGACACCAUGAUUUCAUCUUGUGUUC